GGUACCAGGUCAAGGUCAAAUAAAAAAAGGUAGCUCAUGUAUUUUUCUCGAAUAGUGAGACAGUUGAAUCAUUCUAUUUUGCAUAAGUUGUUUAGGUGCAAUACAAAUAGAUCUAUAAGACGGAUCAAAUAAGAAAUGUCUCUCUAACAGAGGCCUUGGGCAGAUUCAUUUAAAAUGACGUCAUCAUAGGGGUCAAAGGGAUUUCCCCAAAGUAAAAUGGCAGCAGUUCCUCAACAAAGUUCGUCGGAAGUGGAUCCUAUUUCUAAGUUUAAGCUGUAUAUCCCUGCCUUGAAAGAAUCAUUGGCUAAUCUAAUGAAAGUGGCCGCCCAAAUUUUCUUCAGAAAUUCACAGAUAGACAGUACAGUAAAAGUUAGUGAAGAAAAUCAGAAAAACAAACAGAGAUUUGAACAGAAACUAGAAGACUUCUAUUCCAUAUGUGACCAAAUUGAAUUGAACCUUAGAAUAGCCAUAGAAUGCAACCACCAGAAUAUGGACAGUGGCAAGAAUACACCUAUCCCUGUCACACUUGGCAAACCCCCAGACCACCCACAAAAUCAGGAGAAUCCACAGUAUCAGUCAUACCCUCAAUAUCUCGCUACAGUAAAGACUCAAAUUGCCUGUGCCAAGGAAUUGCAUAAUACACUCGUGGAGUGUGCACGCAAAAUAGAACAGCACCAAGGACAAAGUGCUCAGAUUGUGCCUAUGAACCAAGCCCAACAACAAGCAAUGACAUCACAACCCCAGAGGUGA